AUGUCCUGCUCCAGCCUGUGCAUCCCCAGCUGCGGCGUGGCCACCCCGGCACCUCUGGCUGACACCUGCAACGAGCCCUGCGUGCGGCAGUGCCCCGACUCCACGGUGGUCAUCCAGCCCCCGGCCUCGGUGGUCACCUUCCCCGGGCCCAUCCUCAGCUCCUUCCCGCAGCAGAGCGCCGUGGGCUCGGCCGGAGCUCCCUACGUCGGAGCCGGCUCCGGGGGCUCCUUUGGAGGCCGUGGAGGCUACGGGGGCUGGGGCUACGGGGGCUAUGGAGGCUACGGAGGUUGGGGUUAUGGAGGCUAUGGUGGCUACGGGGGUUGGGGCUAUGGAAGCCGUGGUGGCUACGGGGGUUGGGGUUGUGGCGGCUAUGGGGGCUAUGGGGGCUAUGGGGGCCUUGGGGGCUGUGGCUACGGGGGCUGGAGCAGCGGCCACCGCUACCUGAACGGCAACUGUGGGCCCUGCUAA